ACGAAGGUUUGACAUGGACGGUUCCCUACUGAUGGACAUGGCAUCUUUCUCCUCGGUGAGAUCUUGCAUAGUGGGAACUGGCUGCAACCGGGCUGGCGAAUCGGAGUAACCUAACCCAGAUGGAGGAUCAAGAGACAUUGUACGCACAGACAGCUGUGCCUUGAGCUGCGAUCCACUUGGGUAAGGGGACAUCGUGCGUCUAUUGCGAGGUGUGGCAGUAGGUACACGGAGGGCCUUUCGUGACGAGGGCGAAACAUGACGGUGACUUUGGAUGCAUACACCUUCAGAUGUCUUAUGAUGCUGUAUGAAGGCUGAUCUGGGGGGAUCAAGGUAUGGUUGCUUAUCUCUGUUGGGGCUGCCCAUUCUCAUUCUCUUGGUCCGUUGCUCCGAGUCAGAGUCAGAGUCAUCGCGAGUUUGCUCAGAGGCAAUGGGUAGCCGCCUUCGCUUUCCUCUGGCGUCGCUAUCGCCAAAGUCUUCUUCGCUGCCACCAAACCAUGAGAGUGGGGCAGUGACAAUAUUCUUGAUGGCGCCGAAGAACGAAUUUUUGCGUCCUAGUGCAGCUGGUGGGGGACGGGCCUGUAUUUGGGUAUAGGUGCUCAUCACUGUUUGCGUUGACGAGAACAAUUUUGAUCCAGUGGUCGCUGUCGUCCUGUGCGCACAAACUGACAGUGUCUACAGCGCGUGGAGAACC